CCGGUGGGUGUUCGUAUAGGUGUUCUGUGACUCCGCUGGAAACACGAGCCAUUCCUCGGCAUCAUAAUAAAGAAGGCGUUGACUCUACAUAUACCAUCAUUCCCAGCCAUGGAGGAAGGACUUCUUCUCAGCCCUCCAACAUCGCCCUUUAAGAAAGUUGUAUAGAUGGUGGCGCCACACAUUCCUCUAGAAAUGUGUGCGGAAUACCUCUGCUAGCCGUCAUCGUUACCAAGGCACGUACAUGCUGUGACCUCUGUCCCUGCUCUACAAGCGAUACUGUUGAGGCCGACGCCGCAGAAUUGGGAGCAUCAGCAUCUAGGGAAAUUUCGGUACACCGUCAGGGAAAUGCGUUUGCUCCCCGACACUGUGCUGCCGCCAUUCUGACCUCCAACGUUGUCCCGACGUCUCUCUUGCAGGUUUGGCGCAAUUAAGCCUAGCCAUUGUCGGCCAACAGAUUGUUAGAUCGCCGCAUCAGGAAUACGGUUUGGGGCGCAUACAAACAGAAGGCUGCGUUUCAUCGUUUGCGUCCUGCAGGUUUCGCAUCCGGCAUAUCGACGACUCGACGACCAUCAGGAAGCGCAGUGGUAGUGUGUAUCGUGCUGUUUUGUUUCUACUUUGUUAAGUGAGCUGCUUUUUACACUUGUUCCGAGUGCGUUCAGUGGGCACUGCUGUUUGUUCGCGUUAGAUUGUUUGUGUGUGUGUGUGUGUGCGCGCGUGCUCGCGCGUGUAUUCUCGGGAAAACGUGCCGUGGGAAAAAUUAGAGGCCGCUUCCGACAUUGUGUGCGCGCGCCUGAAGUGCUUGCGCGACAGAUGACGCACUGCGUGGCAGCGGAAGCAGCAUUAAUUGUUACCCAGAUGUAAUUGGUGUUCGCGUGUCCUACAGCCACGUUCGUUCAAAGCAGUGGUGGUCGUCGCGUUUCAACUGUACUGCUAGGCCUACGCCCUUAAGGUCGCUUCCUGGCAUGUGCACGUUACUUGGAAUGUGCUGCAGUACUAACAGUGCUUCGUGUCCUAGGGCCCGGUGUACUCGGCCGCUUGGUCAUUGGAGUUUGGGUGCCGCCGCCAUUGUUGAGUCGGUCAACCAAGAUGGCGGUGUCUUGUUGUGUGUUGAUUUUGUGCAGUGUCCUGCUGAGACGCGGAGUGAAGUGAUCGCAGCGGCCGUGGUGUGUGUGCGUGAGGGAUGAAAACGCAAGAAAGCUCACCCAGCAGAGGCAGCAAGCGGUCCAUGGCGCGCUACGACGACAGCCCUCGAGGCAACCAAGACCGACGCGACCGGCGCAAGUCGCCCACCGAGCAUCGGCGCAGAGUGCGCGACUCGUCGGCCGACCGGGUGCCUCCCUACGACGACUACCGGCGCAGCAUGCAAUAUAAGGUGCUGCUGGCCACGAACUUCAGCAACAAGUACAGCGACACCGAGGUUCGCGACGAGCUGGCCACCGCUUUUCGGCGCUACGGCAACGUCACGAUCAAGGUAUCUCAGGAGGGCGGCGAGCGCGUCGCCUACCUGCACUUCGCGACGUACGAGGACGCCAAGUCUGCGCUGCACACCAAGAAUCGCAUGCCCGUCUGCGACCGGCCCCUCCAGCUGGAACCCUUGCCCCGGCACCGGCAGCGCAGCCAGAGCCCGCAGCCCGACUACCACCAUCUGUCGCCUCCGGUGCCUCGCCGCAUGCGGCUGGAGCACCACCGGUUGCAGCCGCCGCCGCCUCCAUUGCCGCCGCCUCCGCCGCCGCCGCCCGUGCAGCCGCCGCUCGACAUGCGCCCCAUCGAGCGGCCCUUUCCGCCCCGCUUCCGGCGGGACGAGACCAAAAAGGAGAAGUUCCCAAACUACCUGCACCACGUGCCCCCAGAGGACGACGACAAGGCGACGCGCACGCUGUUCGUGGGCAACCUCGAGGUGCCCAUCACGGAGCCCGACCUGCGUCGCAUCUUUUCACGCUACGGGGUUGUCGAGGACAUCGACAUCAAGCGGCCGCCGCCAGGGCAGGGCAACGCGUAUGCGUUCAUAAAAUUCGUCAACCUCGACAUGGCCCACCGUGCCAAGGUGGAGAUGUCGGGCCAGUAUAUCGGCAAGUUCCAGUGCAAGAUUGGCUACGGCAAAGCCACACCGUCGACACGCAUUUGGGUGGGCGGUCUGGGCUCCUGGACCUCCAUGUCGGUGCUGGAGCGAGAGUUUGACCGAUUUGGCCUUAUCCGCAAGAUUGAGUACGUAAAGGGGGACUCUCAUGCCUACAUCCAGUUCGACAGCAUAGACGCGGCAACGUCCGCCUGUCAGCAGAUGCGUGGUGCGCCCCUUGGAGGAGCCGACAAGAGGCUACGGGUGGACUUUGCCCACCCAGACCCAACAGCAUAUGCGGCCUACCCCGGUGCGGCGGAGCCGUUCCGCGCACCAGCAGACUAUGCAGACCCCAAUUGGCCGGGUAGGUAUGAUGACCGGCGCUGGGAGGCAUCAUACGUGUCUGUGCCUCCACCUCCAGGGAGCUGGCGGCCCCGAAGCCCACCAAGCCCCUCCUCUGCGUCAUCAGUAAAGCGCGAGAACGGCACAGCUCAGAGUGCCACUACAUUGCAGGAACUGGCAUGUGGGCGCACAGUGUGGCAGGGCCUGCUGGUGCUCAAGAGCAAUGCCUUUCCGGCACGCAUGGUGCUCUGCACUGCCGAGCCAGCCAUCACCAUGCUGGGCAGCGACCAGACGCUGCGAAUCACACAACGGCUGCGGCUGGAUGCUGGCAAACUGGCCGAGGUGGACCGGCGGUUAUCGCAGGGCCUGUGCUCCAUCCUGGUGGCCCUGGGUCGUGAAAGCCAAGAGGCCAGUCACCCGGUGCUCCAGAACCUGGUCAGCUACCUCAAGCAGAAGAAUGCGGCUGGUGUCAUUACCGUACCCAAGGGCAUUGUGUACGCUUUUCCUCCGUGUGACUUUGCCCUCAAGGUGCUGCACAGAGCUUGUCCAAACAUAAAGGGCUUGGAUGAGGACCACAUCUUGGUGGUUGCUGCACCGAACCCGGACAAGUAGGCCCCUUCUCACCCCUCCCCCAUUUUUCUCUGCUAAGCAUAUAAAAUAAACUCGGCCAUUUGUGGUGAAA